AUGAUGCGAUUUGCGGCGGUUCUAAUCUUCAUGACCUCACUACUGCGAAUUCGAGCCUCGGAUCUUCACAUCAAUGAUCUCGAUCGUCUUCUUCAGGAGGACUGGUCCGUCAUCGAGAGACUCACUGCCCCGCAAGCCGCUUCGGUCCCCUCCCGAGGUGUCGCGAUGCUACAUGGCGCUAUGGUGGUUGGAGCUCCAGGUAGAGGUUCCAAGCGUCUGCGGUACGGCGAACAGCACCAAAUAACUACGUCGGGAUCUUCAACCCCGUUCGUUAUUACACAAGACAACCAAGUAUUGGGGCCUCUGUUUGACCGUAUACAGAGUCCGGUCCAUCUACCAAGAGUCAUCGAACCACUUUCCGUAGAGGCUCGAGAAAGGGAGCUGACUAGGCUCUCAAGUGUUUUGCGAAAGUCCUUGACGAGAAGUCACAAAGAGAGAUGGGUUGCCCCAUUGUCCCUGACAAACCUCGACGCUCAAGAAUACAUGGUUCUGUGCAGACAGUACCUGUAUCGAGAGACCAGAGCGCGCUACUUCUGGGAGUCAGAAGGUUCGACGUACAUGCUGUACAAGCCGAUCAAACUGAAGGGUGGUCUUGAGGCUCUGUUUGGCCUGACUUUGCAGGCCUGGGUGAAUGGCUGGGCCAUCUGGCGGCAGGAGAUACAUGGAGGGGCAAGACUUUGGCAUCUACUUGGCAUGAUGGAGAUGCCUUCCUACGAGGUUACCAAGAGAUUCUUGGAAGGAAGCACGGAAUCGAUCCCUCCUCCUCACAAGCUGCCUGAUCAAUUUUUCAAUGAUGGAGCUCAUCUGGACGAGAUGCAGGGGGAGCUUCGGCCGAAGCUUUCGGGCGUCGAGUCGCAGGAUGAAAGCCCGGAAAGCUCCGGGCAUCCGACUGAGCUUACAUAA